AUGAACGCCGAAAAACCAGUGGAAGAAAUGGAUGUUCGUGAAGUGUUCAUUUUAAUAGAAAAGCACUUCAAUACUGAAGUAGCGGAAAAGUUCGAAGCCCAAAAGGUUGAUGGAAAAACCUUGGUCCUUCUCUCUAAACGUGCAUCCCAAGAACAGUACGAAGCCUGCGGCCUUCUUACAGUUGCCGACCAGCUAAAAUUAAGCUCCGUGGUCAAUAGUUCUGCCGAGAGCGGGUCCACUGGUUUUGAAGUGACGACAAUCAAACCCAAAAAGCCCUCCAAAGCGCAGCUGCUGCAAAUAAGUGAAACUGCACGAAGAAUUUACAAGACCAAGAGAAAAGCUAUCAGAACUGCGGCAAUUAAUAGAUGGCCUGGGAAUGACAUCCCGAAUUUUAAGAAGAACAAGAUCGCUGUUGACGAGUUGAAUGAUCUUGUUAAUGACCUCAAGGAGGAUUGCUCGUUUCCACCUUUAAACUUUGGCAAAGAGGGUAUCAAACAACAUAUCUUAGACGUUCUUAAUGAAAGAAGGAGACAUAAAAGGAAAGGACAUGACUAUUCUCAGCCGGAUAAACGGACUCUUAAAAGGAAAGUGGAUCAAGGAACAAGUUCUGACAGCACUAGUACUGAUAAUGAUAUUGGUGGCUCAAGUUCAGCUAGUGGAUCAAGUGCUGAUCAUGAAGAGAUUGGAGACUCUGAAGAGACAAAUAACUCUGGAGACACAGAAAGUGUAGAAGAAUCCGAUGAAAACGAGGAUCUUGAUGAGGAUACUGCCAAGUUGGUUGUGUGCGUGGCCUUUAAUGCAAUUCAAAUAUCUCAAAUUUCACGAACCCAGCUGCAGUCUUCAGCAAAAGCUCUUAAAAUUACAACAAAAAAGAAAGAGAAGAACGAUCUAGUGAAGAUAGUUGCUGAAGCACUUGUAGAGAAAGGAUUUGUCAAAGUGUUAAAUGGACACUCCAAAAAGGUCUCACGAGAUGACAUUAAAAAAAUUAAACCAUUUUAG